AUGGCAGCCGCUGCUGCAUCUGCAGCCGCGCUCGAUCCGGGCAACAGCACCAAGAACACUCUCAAACUCGAAAAUACCGAGAAAAGAGACGCCCUUAUCGCCAUCGAGAAGAAGUACCAGGCACAAUGGAAGGAGAAGAAAGUGUUCGAGGUCGACGCCCCGACUUUUUCGGAGGUCCCGGUCGAUGCCAUGUCCCCCGCGGAACUACGUGAGAAAUAUCCCAAGUUCUUUGGAACCAUGGCGUAUCCCUAUAUGAACGGAACUCUUCACGCCGGCCACAGUUUCACCGCGAGUAAGGUCGAGUUCAUGACCGGUGUUGCUCGCAUGGAGGGCAAGAGGGCCCUGUUCCCUCUUGGCUUCCACUGCACCGGUAUGCCUAUCAAGGCUUGUGCGGACAAGCUCGCCGACGAAGUGAAGAAGUUCGGAAAGAACUUUGAAGGCUAUAGUGAAGAGAGUGAGGAGGACCAGGCUGCUGUUGCCGCUCCUACACAGGAAGUCAAGGCCGAGCAAGAGAAGUUCUCCGGAAAGAAGAGCAAGGCCGCCGCCAAGACUGUCAAGAUGAAGUACCAGUUCCAGAUCAUGCUGGCUAUCGGUAUUACUCUUGAGGAGAUUCAUAAGUUUGCUGAUGCUGAUCAUUGGCUCCAUCAUUUUCCUCCCCUUGCAAUCCGGGACCUUGACAGCAUGGGUGCUAGAAUCGAUUGGCGCAGACAGUUCGUCACCACUGAUGCCAACCCCUACUACGACGCCUUCGUGCGCUGGCAGAUGAACCGCCUUCACGAGCUGGGCAAGAUUAUGUACGGUAGCCGUUACACCAUCUACUCGCCUAAGGACGGACAGCCUUGUAUGGACCAUGACCGAACUGAGGGUGAGGGUGUCGGUCCUCAGGAAUACACCGCCAUGAAGCUGCAGGUGAAGGAAUGGGCUCCCGAGAUUGCCGAACUGGUUAAGGGAAAGAUUGAGGAUGAUGCUAAGGUCUACUUCGUGCCUGCCACUCUGCGUCCAGAGACCAUGUAUGGCCAGAACUGUUGCUUCCUCGGCCCCAAGAUCAACUACGGGAUUUUCAGAGUGAAGGAGAAGGAAUACUACGUUGCGACCAAGAGGGCUGCUUGGAACAUGGCUUUCCAGGGAAUUUUCUUUGACAGCGAGCACUUCCCCAAGUCUCAGGAUCAGCUACCGCUCGUUGUUGAAGCUCCUGGUUCCGCUUUCGUCGGUACCCUCGUCAACGCCCCUCUGUCACUCCACAAGGAGGGUGUGCGUAUCCUGCCCAUGGAGGGUGUCUCCGCUACCAAGGGUACUGGUGUCGUUACUUCCGUCCCUUCGGACAGCCCUGACGACUAUGCCACUUUGCUCGACCUCGCAAAGAAGGCCGAUUACUACGGCAUCAAGAAGGAGUGGGCCGAGCUGGAGAUCUUCCCCCUCAUCGAUACCCCGACAUAUGGCAACCUCACGGCACCUGCCCUGGUUAAACAGCUCAAGAUCAAUUCUCCCAAGGAUGUCAACCAGCUUGCCCAGGCCAAGGAGCUGGCGUACGGUGAAGCUUUCUACAAGGGCACCAUGCUGGUUGGCGAAUACAAGGGCGAACCAGUGAGCGCCGCCAAAGAAAAGAUCCGCAAGGCUCUCUACGAUAGCGGCGAUGCUUUCCCCUUCGCUGACCCCAUGGGUAAGGUUGUCAGCCGAAGUGGAGAUGACUGCGUUGUUGCCUAUCUUGGCCAGUGGUUCCUGAACUACGGAGAAAAUGAUCCGGAGUGGCAGCAGGAUACGCUGAACUACGUUGCCAACGAUCUCAACACUUAUCUUCCUGAAACCAAGAACGGCUUCGAGAAGAACCUUGACUGGCUGAACCGAUGGGCUUGUGCCAGAACUUAUGGUCUUGGCUCGAAACUUCCAUGGGAUCCUCAGUUUCUUGUCGAGAGUUUGAGUGACAGUACCGUCUAUCAAGCGUACUAUACCAUCGCUCACUUCCUGCACAGUGACCGUUAUGGUGAGAAGCCUGGCCUCCUCAACCUCAAGCCGGAACAGAUGACCGACGAGGUUUGGGAUUAUGUGUUCACACGGCGCGAGCUCGAUGACGAGGUAAUCUCUAAGAGUGGAAUCAGCAAGGAUGCCCUGCAGCAGAUGCGCAGAGAGUUCGAGUACUGGUACCCUCUGGAUGUCAGAGUCUCCGGCAAGGAUCUCAUCCAAAACCACUUGACCUUCUUCCUCUACAUUCACAUCGCGCUCUUCCCACGCGAGUACUGGCCCCGCAGUGUUCGCGCCAACGGACACUUGCUCCUGAACGGAGAAAAGAUGAGUAAGAGCACCGGCAACUUCCUUACACUGAGGGAUUCUAUCGAUAAGUUCGGUGCCGACGCUUCUCGUAUCGCUUUUGCCGACGCUGGUGAUGGUAUUGAAGAUGCCAACUUCGAGGAGGCUGUCGCGAACAGCAAUAUCCUGAGACUUUUCACUCUUAAGGAAUGGAUUGAGGAGACUCUCAAGGACGAGUCUCUGCGCGCUGGUCCCGCAGACUCUUUCUGGGACAAGCUGUUUGACAACGAGCUGAACAGUCUUGUUCGUGAGACCAUCAAGCAUUACCAAGAUACCGACUUCAAGCUUGCUCUGAAAUCUGGUCUCUACGAUUUGACCAACGCCCGUGACGUCUACCGUGAGGCUGCAAUUGCGGCUGGCGUGGGAAUGCACCGUGACAUGGUCUUGCGCUAUGUUGAGCUGCAAGCUUUGAUGAUCGCUCCCAUUGCUCCUCACUGGGCUGAAUACAUCUGGCUCGAGGUCCUGAAGAAGCCUGAGACGAUUCAUUAUGCUCGCUUCCCUGAGGUGCCUGAGCCAUCUCUUGAGCUCUCGUCUGCCUUGAACUACGUCCGCACCACCUCCUCCAACAUCACAUCCGCCGAGGCCGGGUUUGUCAAGAAGCUGUCCAAGGGCAAGAGCAUGGCUUUCGAUCCUCGUAAGCCCAAGAAGCUCACCAUCUACGCCGCGAAGAAGUACCCUGCCUGGCAGGAGAAGUAUAUCGACCUUGUCCGUGACGCAUUCGAUGCUCUCAGCCUCUCCGUAAAUGACAAGGAGCUGAACGCCAAGGUCGGUAAGCUCGGUGAGAUGAAGAAGGCUAUGCCUUUCGUCCAGACUCUCAAGAGACGCCUGGUCCAGAACAAGGAGGCCCCCGAGAACGUCUUCUCGCGGAAGCUUCCCUUUGAUGAGUUUGCCACCCUUAGCGAGAUGCUCGGCAACCUGAAGCGGACGACCGGUUGCAAGGAGAUCGAGGUCAUUGCUGUCGAUGAAGGUGGCAAGACUGGUGAGGUGCUGGGUACUGGUGAGAAGAGAGAGAGUCUCUCCGCUGAGAAUGCCGUACCCGGUCAACCCACCUUUGGCUUUGCCAACAUCGCCGAGUAA